CAUUUGAGUCAGGGCACACAUGCCUCAGCUGUGAGAGGCCCUACUCCCCUUGGCUGGCUGGCAUCCCAGAGCAGAGGCAGAGAGACAGAGAAGGCUGAGAGCGUGAGACUGAGGGUGAAGAGAAGGUUUAAGUGUAAAGUAGACUAGAAAGAGGCAAAGAAGUGGUUGAGAAAGUUGUGUGAAAGGACAGAGAAAGGAUUAGGGACUGAGUUGUGUGCAGCGUGGCUCCUGCAGGUCAUUUUUCACUCGUGUAUUUUUGUCUGUAGUGAGUGUGCAGGCGUUCUGUAGCUGGAGUUGACAGCCAUGGCGGAUACAGGUGUCAAGAACGAGCACGCAGGCUUAGCAGAAGUGCCUUAUGAUGAUGACGAGGUAGCUCUGGUGAGUGCCGCCACAGAGCCGGCUGUGGAUGAUGAUGACCCUGCCGAGGAGGUGGACCUGGUGCUGGCCACUGGCCCCGGAGGCAAGAGCGAAGCGCAGAUGAAUGGGGUCAUGGUUCUGUCUCUGCUAGACAAGAUCAUCGGGGUGGUGGACCAGAUCCAGCAGACCCAGAAUGGGCUGGAGGCCCGGCAGGAGGCCAUGGAGAAGUCAGUGUCAACCAUCCAAGGGGAGCUGGCUAAGUUGUCCAAGAACCACGUCGGGACAGCCAACACAGUCAACAAAAUGCUGGAAAAGGUACGCAAGGUCAGCGUCAACGUCAAGACGGUGCGCAGCAACCUGGAGAAGCAGGCCGGCCAGAUCAAGAAGCUGGAGAGCAACGAGAACGAGCUGCUCAAGAGACGCAACUUCAAAGUCCUCAUCUACCAGGACAAAGUGAAGCUGCCAUCCAAAUCCAAGACAGGAGAGACUGUAGUUGAAGGCAAAGCUGUGGAGGGCCUUGAGCAGAUACCUGAGGGACAAGAGGGACACCCAGAACACCUCAAUUCAGAUGAGGAGGUGGAGAUUGAGGAGAUUAUUGAGGAGUCUCGUACCAAGCGCCUCCAACGCACCACCAAGCAGCAAGUGGACAACAUAAAGAAAGCCUUCUCCAAGGAGAAAAUGGAGAAGACCAAAGUAAAGACAAGGGAGAACCUGGAGAAGACCAAGCAGAGAACCCGCGAGAACCUGGAAAAGACAAGACAGAGAACCCGUGACAACCUGGAGAAAACGAAGCACAACCUGGAAAAGAAGAUGGGCAAGCUUGGGACCCGCAUGACCCCCAACAUGGAGCGCAGGGCGAAGAUCAAGAGCUCCAAAGACAAGGUGAAGAAGUCCCUCACUCCUGACCACACGAUCUACGCUCGCAACAAGACCACUGUGUACCGCGUGCCCCCUUUCACCUUCCAUGUCAAGAAGUUCCGAGAAGGGGAGGAGGAGGUGGUACACAACACUGAGAUGGUGGAGGUGGCCGAGGCCGAGGGUCAGCCAGGGGGAGAGGAGAACGGGCUGGGUGGUGUGCACGUGGAGGUGGAAGAAGGGGAGCUGGUGAGUGUAGACAGCCCAGAGAUGGAGACUCUGUUGGAGGUGACUGAGGACUCCCAGCUGGUCAUGGUGGAGCCAGACCACCUAAAGAAGGCCCAAACCGAAUAGAACGUCCCAGCCUCUGCCAAACCAUGACGGGAGAGAUCCAAAGGAUGAAGAGGGGAAUGGAGUCUAAUCAUAAGGACACAAUUUUAGUCGUAGGGACUUUCUAGUCGUGAUCACAAUCUAUGACAUCGAAUUUGUUUUCUGUUCUCUUUUUAUUAUACCCAACUGGGAUGACUUUCAUAUUUGCUCCUCUUUAGCAUACAAAUAAGAAAAAAACAAAAACAAAGCUCGCUUUUGAAACAUGCUGCAGGCUGACUGGUUAAUUUAGACCUGUAUGUUGUUUGUUGUUGGUUUGAUAAAAUGAGUGGCUAUAAGAAUGAAAAAAGAUAUAAAUAGUUUUUGCCAUUGAGAUGUUAUCUUUUAUCUACUAUUUGCCAUGUAUGAUAUGCACAUUAAUAGGUAUGGUAACAGGAAGUUGAUGGCAGGAUAUAUGCUUAAAUGCAUAGGCGUAGAUUUACUGGGGUGGAUACAGUAAUUAGAAUAUGUGCAUUUGUCUCUCUCAAUAAAAACAUGAAACAUGCAAAGGACUUUUAAUUAAUCAAAAUGAAAGGCAUUUGCAGCAUAAAUGGAUGCAAAAAGACACAAAUUAAUACAAAAAAAUCGCAACAAUAAAAAAAAUAAAGGUCCAGUGGGGGAUUUAGUGACAUCUAGUGGUGAGGUUGUUGAACUGAAACUUCUCCCAUUUACAAAGCUUGUAGGAGAUCUCAAGCCAGUGUUUGGUUUACACCCUAUGUAGAUACAAAUGACUCAUUCUAAGGUCACAAAAACCUGAUUCUUAGUUUCAGGUAAUUAUUGAUCAGUAAUUAUUGAUCAAUUAUACAUUUACACUGAACCUUUAAGUGUUUGACGCUCAAAUUAUUCCAAUAGUCUCUCAAACCUUCCAUUUAUAACCCCCCCCACCAAACACCCUUGCUUAAAUUGAUGGUUUGAGUGAUGUUAUGUGCAUGAGGGAUACAGAUAACGAACAAGUAGGCAAGGUUUAGGCCUACAGAAGAAAGAAAGGGAACUGACUAAUGCUGCGUUCACAUGGAAUUAAAGGGAUGGUAGACAGCUAACUAGAGAGAUAAGGAUAGGGACAGUUAAAUUAGGAGAGGCUGGCGGUGAAUAAAGGCAACAGUAAUGGUAGAUGGCAUUGCCAUUCAGUUUAAAAUAUUUUUACUUGUUACCACCAUUCACAACGAAAUUUACUACUGGAUGUUACAUUGUUCCCUCAAACAUGGGCGAUGCACUUGAUUCAAUUCACCUCAGAAGUCGGAGUUGACGUUGACGAAGAAUGACAUUACACUUGAGUUGAUUGCCUUCCAAUACAACAAGUCAGAAAACCAAAAUGCUGUUAGCAAUACCUAUUCAAGUCAGGUUAGCCACUGUUAGCAUUACUAGUUAAUUAACACUUACUAAGCUGUGCUUUGCGUUUGAAAUCCAACUUCAGGAAGCAUUCCACUUGAAAUUUCCGACUGGGAACUGGGAUAUUUCAUCUUCCCAGUACAAACUGAAUGCACUAUUACUGGACAGUACUAGCAAUGAUAUAAAGUAAUAAACACAAAAUAAUUUUAUCUAACAUAUUUUAGUACAUUCUUUGUCAACAAUAUGGUAACACCAUUGCAUCAUAUCGCCAAGCAUGUUUCAUGUUUGCCGUCCUGCCAUUCCAUCGGGCUGUGUUUGUUUUUCCUGUGAUGCUCAGAGUGUGUUUUUCAUCUGCCGUCUACCAUCUGCUGAUUCCAUGUGCACACAUCAUUAGAAAAUCUUCUUCGUAACUAAAGAGUUUACAAAAACUUCACCCGUGACAUACAAAAAGUAUUAGGGCCAGGCACUCAGGCAAUAUAAUGUUUCUCAGCUUAGAUUAGAAAUGUAUAAGAUGUAGAAGUAGAAAGACUAAUCAGUUAUAUCGAAAAUAAUAAAAAACCAACAAAUUCUACUAGUAGAAGAUUUAAGCAUUUACAGUUACCUAAAGCUAAAGUUAGUGUUAUAAGAAAUAAUUUCAAGUUCUGAAGUUUUUAUCUUUUUGAAAACAAGCCUGCAAGGGAAUAUCCUGUAUGGGGGGAGGGGGGGGGGUGGCAUGCAGCAAAGGGCCGCCAAGGCCAGAGUUGAAACUACGGCCGCUGCGGCGAGGAUACAAGCUCUGAAUAUUAGGCGCCAUGCUAUCCACUGAGCCACCAGGUGCGCCAACGCCACUGAGUUUUAAGUAGGAUUAUGUGGCAAAAUGUCUGUCUGCUCUCUUCUGGGUCACUCAUUCAAAAUGUCAGCUACAUAAUAUCUCAUAGCUGCAGUGAAAUUUAAAAUAUAGCCUUUUUCUAUCUUUCCAAUGCAUGCUUGAAAAACACUUUGUCAUUUACUUUAAUGUUUUGUUGUGUAUUCACCAUGCUACAUUUGUUGCAUCUGGACAUGUUCUACUUACCAAAUGCCACAUAGCACACCUCUGCACAGAGGAAAAGAAAAAUGACUGAGUCACCAUGGUCACGGCUCAUCACAGUACAUUUCCACGUCUCCAUAAAAUUUUCACAAGGUAAUUGCAGGCGGAAAAAUUAUGGCCCGAAGAGCAAGACGACAGUUUAAUGACUGACUACGUAACAUGUGGAGAUGCAAAUGUCAUCCUAAAUGCAGUGAAAGUGACACCGUGCAAUGCCAAAUAUUAGGAAUGGCAUGGCUCUUUAAUAAAUGUUAGAACAACAUGAUCUAGUCAACAAAUGUUUUUGCAGGUGCAAUCUGGUGUACAUCCUCUGAAUUGUAAAAGAAAUGUCAUGGGGAAAAAAAGCUGGCUGACCAUCAUUAGAGACGACCUUAAUAAUUGAAUUGUAAUUAUUCAGUCUGAUGUUACCUAUGCCAUUGUCAUUAUCAUUACCAAUGUCAUUUUGAUCAUGUAAGGCAAACACACAAGGGCUCUGGACAGGGAGAAGGUAAAUGUACGGCUUCCAUUUUCCUCCCUAGAGACUGUGUUUGAUCUUGACAUGGUGCAGGCAGGCAGACGCCCACUGUGUAGCAUGGAGCAGCACCAUUAAAAUAAUCAAUGGGCUAGGGAAUGUAAUUAAGGAGAGUGCUCCCUCGGAGCACAGAGGAGGGUAGAGAACAAUGAGAAGGACAGAGAAAAACUGUGUGUUUGUGAUUGUGUGAUUGUGAAGAUUUGGUAUGUGCAUACCAUAUACCCGCAGUGAUAUCAUUAUCAAAGUUUAUGUCAGCAUCAAGUGCAAAUUUCAAAGAAACAAAGAAAUCAAUUAUGGGCCUGUGACUUCACACAGGCUUAUGAUUUUAGAUGUACGAUCUUUUUAGUGAUCUACAUUGUUUUGCACAUUAAACAUUAAAACACUUGUAAGAUAUUGGUCCCUUUUUCUAAGUGUGAUUUUGUUAACAUGUAUAUUUUGCCUUGUUUUUACCUUAAUAGAACCAGCCUGCUGCAAGCAUGAGGUGGGUCAUGCAUAGCUUAGAGACAUUGUCAUUUUUGGAAAUGCUGCAACACAAUGUUACACAUAAUUGCUCUUGGUGUUAUGGAUUCAUAUUCAACUAAUGGAGCUUUCUGAUGUGUUUAAGGCCCUUUUGCCACUUCAGUAUUAAUAAAAGCUUACUGAAAUUUA